UGGCUGUGCUUUGGUGAGUCACACGGAUUGUAGUCCAGCGAGAGGAGCUGCUGGGAAUGCUGGGAUAAUGGUCCCAGUGUCGGAUACACAAUUGCUGGAUAAAAACGAGUAGAAGUAUUAGUGGUUAUUUUCCAACCAUGGAGAUGCAGGAUUAUCACGUAUGGAUUUUUAUAGUUUCUGUGCUUUUUCUUUGUGACGGAUAUGCUUCCCAAUUCUCUUACUCAAUUCCCGAGGAGGUGAACAAAGGCACUGUGGUGGGGAACGUCGCCAAGGAAUUGAAUCUUAAUUUACACGAGCUGCACAACAGAGACCUGCGUAUUGUUUCCGGUGACAGUAAGAAAUACAUCGAUGUGGAUCUUGGAACUGGGAACCUUUUUGUUAACGAGAGAAUAGACAGAGAGCAGAUUUGUCCGAACGCGGCGCAAUGCUUUGUGAGAAUACAAGCCGUGUUGAGCGACCCUAUGGCGGUGCACCGCAUUGACGUAAAUGUUUUGGAUGUGAACGACAACGCGCCGAUAUUUGAGGACGAUGUACACACUUUUAAGAUCUCUGAAUCCGUUGCGCCGGGAGAAAGAUAUUUUCUCCCAGUGGCAGAAGAUUUGGAUACAGGAAGCAAUUCCGUUAAAACGUAUAAGCUGACUCCAAAUGAAUAUUUUACGCUUGAUGUGCAGAGCGGAGGAGACCACGGCGUGUCUGCCGAGCUGGUCCUCCAUAAAGCUUUAGAUCGGGAGAAGCAGCCUGUUCUUGAGCUCACUUUAACUGCUUUGGACGGAGGAAAACCCACUCGAUCGGGCGCCUUACACAUUAAAGUCGUAGUCAUGGAUGUUAAUGACAACACACCCGUUUUUAGUAAAUCGCUGUAUAAAGUUCGUGUCAGUGAAGACGCCCCACCGGGCUCCGUUGUAAUCAAAUUAAACGCCACAGAUUUAGACGAGGGCAUGAACAGUAAGAUAUUAUAUUCUUUAAUUAAAAGAGGCAACAAUGAUCCAUCCAAUGUUUUUAAUUUAAAUACAGAAACAGGAGAAAUCACAGUGAAAGGUACUUUAAAUUAUGAAGAAACUCCUGCCUAUGAGGUCAGAGUUCAAGCAAUGGAUCAGGGAACUGUUCCCCGUAGUGCUCAUGCUAAGCUACUAAUAGAGAUCAUUGACGUGAAUGACAACGCCCCGGAAAUAACAGUAACAUCACUUAUGACUCCAAUAAAAGAGAAUGCAGAAUUGGGCACAAUAGUCGCUUUGGUUACCGUGAGCGAUAAGGAUGGGGGUAACAAUGGUGUAACCAAUUGUCGGGUACUUGGAUCCGCUCCGUUUAAGCUCAAAUCUAACUACAAAAAUGAUUAUUCUUUAGUAGUGGAUGGAGCACUAGACAGAGAAAACACUUCUCUUUACAAUGUCUCCAUUCUAGCCACAGAUGAAGGAAGUCCUCCUUUGUCUACUAGCAGGAUCAUUACUGUUCAUGUUUCUGAUGUUAAUGAUAACGCACCUCAUUUUAAGGAGCCUCUUAUUAAUGUGUACGUUAAAGAAAAUAGUCCAGCAGGAUCUUCGCUUUGUUCUAUAAAUGCACUUGAUCCGGAUUUGGAUGCUAAUGCUAAAGUGUCCUACAGAUUAUUGGAUAGUUAUCCUGGAAAUACUCCGAUAACGUCACUACUAAAUAUCAACUCCGAGACCGGAGAUAUAGUCAGCUUGCAGUCCUUUGACUACGAGAAGCUAAAGACCUUUCAGUUCAAAGUCCAGGCCACGGACUCCGGAGUUCCUGCACUCAGCAGCAAUGUCACCGUGAACGUUUUCAUCCUGGAUGAGAACGACAACAGUCCCACCAUCCUGGCGCCCUAUUCCGAGCACAGCUCCGUUAACAGCGAGAGCAUCCCCUAUUCUGCCGAAGCGGGAUACUUUGUGGCAAAGAUCAGGGCUGUAGAUGCAGACUCUGGAUACAAUGCACUGCUCUCCUAUCACCUGUCUGAGCCCAAAGGCAACAACAACCUCUUCCGGAUGGGAACCAGCACCGGGGAGAUCCGCACCAAGAGGAGAAUGAGUGACAAUGACCUGAAAAGUCACCCCUUGGUGGUGUUGGUUUGUGAUCAUGGAGAAGCCUCCCUGUCAGCUACUGUGUCUAUUGAUGUGGUGGUGCUUGAAAGCACAGCUGACAUCCACACUCCGUUCAGACAUGUGCCCAUAAAGGAGGAGACCUUCUCGGAUUUACACUUGUAUCUCCUCAUCGCCAUUGUGGCCGUGUCCCUCAUCUUUCUGCUCAGCCUCAUCACCUUAGUAGCCGUCAGAUGCCACAGACAGACAGACGGCACUUUGGGCAGGUACGGGGCCCCGAUGAUCACCACCCAUCCUGACGGGAGCUGGUCUUACUCCAAAGCUACUCAGCAGUAUGACGUGUGUUUCAGCUCAGACACGCUCAAGAGCGAUGUGGUGGUUUUCCCGGCACCUUUUCCACCUGUAGAUGCUGAACUGAUCAGUAUUAACGGAGGAGACACCUUUACCAGGACUCAGACUUUACCUAACUCUGACAAGGUAGGCUGAA